GAUCACUCCUUUCUCUCUCGUCUCCUCCCUCGCCUCUCUCGUUCUCUCGGCACCUCAAUUACAGACUUUUCUUGAAACACAACUUGGACGGAACUGCUCGCUCCCUAACUUACCCAAUUAUACGGAUAUCUAACGAGCGGAGACAAUGGCGGGCCUCUCUGAUCGCACUCCUCUGUACCUUUCACCACGUUCGGCGGAUGUCGUUCUUUCUGAAAUUCGUCCCACGAAACUUGCACCGGAGGCUUUGCGCUCCGUUAAUGUCCUAUUAGAUGAACUUCUCUGGAUGAUCCUCAGCAUGGCACGCUCCUUCGCCACCGAUCAACUGAAGGGCGCCCUGAGCAAGCUGUUACCCACGUCGCUUGGCAAGGAGGCGUUGCUGGAGGCUGAAGUGGAGUUAAGAGCAUACUGGGACCGCACGUCUAAUCACCCAUCACGACCGUAUGCAGAGAAUAGCCAGGAAUUUCCCAUCCAGCCUGCCUUUGAGCUGCUACGAUUAAAAUGCGAAGCAUUCUCGACAUUCAAUGAUUCGGACGAAGACACCGACUCCGAGAAGCGGUGGCAGGCAAAGGUCACGAGCGCAAACGGUUUCUCAUCACACAAUGCGCAAUUCAUAGCCCCCUCCGCGCUUUAUCUGACUGCCAUACUUGAACACGUAUGCGAACAUGUUCUAUCGAACACGGGACGCGUCGCGUCUCGAGAUAGCAGCCGCUCAACUGCGACCUUGCAGGAUCUAUUUCUUGCAUUGUGCGAAGAUGAUUCCAUAUAUGGACUAUUCAAGGUUAUGAAGGUGCACAACCAAAUUGAGUCGCAGUGCAAUGCUUUGGCCAAACCAAGAGGUGGCAGGUCCAGCAACCGCAGUGUCAGUGACCUUGGAAAAGGUUCCUCUCAUACGAAUGGUUCGCCGUUCGGAUCGGUUUCGACCUUCAACGGUGACGGCGCGAAACCGCGUGUCUCUUCAGAUAGUGCCGGCUCAGGGACCGCAGUUGCCGCUCUGCAGUCAUCUGGGUCACGGAGUUCCACGGAGAAAUCCAAGGCGAAGAAGCUGUUUGGACGCAUGAGCGUAGAUAAAGAAAGCGGAUCACAAGGGAGCCAGAAUUCUCUGGAUGGAGCACAUAAGCGUUCAGGCUCUGUGAUGAGCGGUGGGAAACGGCCCAGCUCGGCUUUGGACGAUGGCCCUGGGUCCAGCCCAAGUGAGGUCGAAUUCGACGAGUUGAUGCGUUCUGGUACCACCAUGAAGGUGUCUCUUACGCCUGACCGCCUUAGAACUUUUGAUGUAUAUAACAAGGAGAAAGGACGAGGAGUCAGUAAAAUUCUCAUUCCGGCCCAACAAGUGGUCAGCAAAGGGCCGCUUCAGGACAGUCCGACUAUAAACACUGCUGCGCCAACUCCGCCACAGAAGCCUUCCAUCCAUGAGCUAGGAGCGCUCAGGAAUGGGGAUGGCGAUGAGCUCAACGGUAUACACACGAGGAAGGAACCCAAAAAGGCACCGCCGGUAUCUUACGAUCAGCCGCACUCACGAGCACGGUCGACAUCUGCGUCUCAGGCAUCCAUCGCAUCACUUACGAAUCAUCACGCCAAUGGACGCAAGGCAUCAUUAGGGACUCUGCCUAUUGAAUCCAUUCAUUCGCAAUCUCUGCGGGGCACCGGUCCCUUGUCACACCCGCCGAAGUCAGCUGGAUUGAUAUCGAGCAAUGCAUAUUCGAUGAGGAAGGUGCAUCAAUCAAGUAGCCGUGACUCCAUAGAUGAAAUCAUGGAUGGGACUUCAGACGACGAUGCUCCAGUCAAGAAACCGACGAACAGACGCAGGGCGCCAACUGUUGGCGGUGUUACUGCGCAGACAGCUGACUUGAUUGAUUUCUUGAACAGUGGUCCUCCUGAUGAACCAAAGCCAUUAUCACCCUCGUCAACUGCGGUGUCCUCGCUUGAUAAGCAGAAACGGGGUAGGCUUCGCAGCAUUGUUUCACGUUUGAAGGGUGGUCAGUCCAUGGACAAGUUACCGAGUCAAUCAUCGUACGAAGACUUCAUGUCAGGCAAGAAGUCUCCUGCUCCUCCACCGGCCUUCGUCCCACCUCCUUUAUCGGCGAAGAGGUCUCUUCAUAGCCUUUCUUCAUACAGUCAGAGUCAGACGUCACUGCAGAAAGGUCGACCUCCGCCUGUACCGUCCGUGACAAUCCCUCUUUCUCCUCCGCAAUCACCUAGCCAGUCCGUGGCUGAGUCAAACUCACUGUCGCCGAAUCGACCUAAACCGUCGCCCACCAGUAUACGGAAGGCAGUACCUGCGUUCGCGGAAGCAGAAAUAAGCAAACAUGAAAAUGGUACGGCAUCAUUAGCUGCACCCAAAUCGGCCGAUGUGUCGCCUCGCACGCCCACAAAGGUGGACACCGAGGCCAAUUUCUUGAGGGCUCAGCAGUACUUCAAGGAUACGGACAAUGCUGAAACCUCAACGACUAUAAGCUCUUCUACGACACAGCUAGCGCAUAAAUCUUCCGAUACUCUGCGUACCCCUCCUCCUUCGUUCCCAUCAGUGAGACCUUCCUCCAAGCAGUCUCAGCGCCAUGCUUUAUCGCCACCCUCAACGCCGAAGGCGUUUGCAGUGCAUGCGACCGAUUUGCGUCGUUUGAUGGCCAAUGCCACGUCUGCGGAUGAAUGUCGGCUACUUGUUGACAUGUUUCUUGCUCAAUCGGGUCUACCGGUAAAGGACGCCGACUUCCCUCCAGACCCGAGGACGCUUCCCAGCGCCCAGCAGGAGCACGCUGUCAUUGAAGCGCUGUUGAGUCAUGGAGACGCUCCAGCCGAGGAGGCCGAAACGCCAUCGGGCAAAGUCAGUCCUGCUCGUGAUGCUGGUGGUCCACCAACACCACGUUCCGAUGACCAGCACGCCACACCCACGAUUCAUCGCAAAGCAGUCCCUGUAGUCCAUGCAUCGCCAGUAAUAUCAGCCGAAGCUUAACGUAUUAAUUCCUUUAUCACUUAUUUGGUUUUUUCUUUCGUUGUAUUUAUUCAUAGCGUACUAAGGUAUAGGUAUACCCGGCGGAUCGUAUUAUUUUCUCGUGUAUUAAAGUUUAUUUCUUAGGGUCAGGAGAUUUCUGGACUUCCACCACUUUGUUCUUUCACUAUUCUUGUUGAUUGGUUGAUUGUUUCUCGAACUUAAUAAGCCGUAGUUGUCUUGUUUGAACGAUAAACGGAUGAAAUGUUACACUACUUUU